AUUGCAUUAUUUUACAAAAUGGCUGAAAUGUAAAGACGUGUUUUUCGAUUUUUUAUCAAAAUGGAGCAACAAAGCGUUUAUACAUCUCAAGAAAACGAAUUUACAAGUGUCUCAAGAAUCAGAAAUAUCAUCAGUUGUGGUGAUACAUCGUAUAGCACUGAUAGCUAUAUUUACGACGCAGGACCUUGGUGCAAUCAAAAAGUUACUGUUAUCGGUUUAAAGUGUUAUAGACUUGCUCACAAGCCUUUUUCAGAGUGUUUACCUAUGAAUGUCAUGUUUGUUUGAGUGUAAAAUGGCCUAGCAUCCUUUACAGACAAAAAAUUGUGCAAAAAUGAAUAAUUUAGGUGGUUUAAAUUCGCGCAAUAGGCGCUCGCUUUUUGACAUAAAAGCUAAUAUUCCUGUUUCAUACUAUUCCACGGACGCUCAAUCUAAAGAAGAUAUGAAGAUUACGUACGGAGAUACAAUGUUCUUGAGCAAUAUCAAUAAAUUGCACCUUAUACCAGAUCCUUUGAAAAAGAAUCUAGCAGACUCGGUUAUGGGCGAUACACAAGUUAUGAGGGACUUAAAGCCACAUAACGAGUUUGGAAAGGUCGAGGUCGAGCCUCAACCAACCCAAAAGAAAGAAUUAACAACUCUAACUAGUAUUACCAAUUACUUUUCUGGUCUUAUGAAUGUUAUGGGUACAAUUUUCCAAAGAAGGCCACCCUCCCCUGUAACACAAUAUUACGAUUGUUUUGAUACGGAAAGUAGUCGUGAGAUGGCGCCAUUCAACUGGCAACCAUCCAAAUUAGAUGUUCAAAAUAAAAAUGAGAGGUCUUUUAGCAGUAACAAUGGUUCUACAACUAAUAUGACUAUAAGUGAUUGUAAAUCUUCAGCUGAAAGCUGUGAAGACAAACUAAAUCAAGUACGAUUACUCUUGAGUGGUACACCAAAGUUGGGACAAUCGAAAAGGGUUGUUGGUGAAGCCAGCUCUAUUGAAGAAUCAUUUGAGGAUGCCUUUUGUCCUGAAGACAUAGUAAGUCUGGCAAAUGAUACAUUUAUUGAAUAUUACAGCGCUUUCAACAGCCACAGUGAUUAUUUAUGUGAAGCUGAUGCCCCUUAUGUAAAGACUGAGGUAAUUAAAGAUUCAUUGGAUACAUCUACAAAUCUAAAUGAUGAUAAAUUUAAUAACAAUUGUAGCACAAGUAAUAAAAGUAGUGAUUGUAAAGAUGAUUUGAAAUAUGAAGUUGUGGCGUCUUGUGAAGAUAAACUGAGUAAGAUCAAAGCUUUGUUACAGUCAAAAUGUAAAGCAAACUCAAACACACAUGAAAAGACUGAACCAAUAUCAAUAAAUAACAUAUGUGAUACAUCAUUUGCUGAUGAAUUGAACCUAAACAACAGCAAUGAAACCGUCAGCAGUGAACCGGAUAACAGUUUCGAUGAAGUGAAAGGAAGAUUUCAUUCAUCAUCAACAGAUAGUAAUGAUUCAUUCCAAAUAGUGUUCAGUGAUUCUCGUAAACGGCUACCAUCCGAUUGCGAGUCUGAGGAUUCUUUUAUUGUGUUUGAUGAGUCACCGGAUAGCUGUUAUACAUCACAUGAUGUAUUCGGAAAUGAAUCUGAUUUGGAGUCUGACUUUGAGGAAGAUUCUGGUUGUAUACAGACAUGUAAGCUUGAUCAUUCAUUGUCACGGACAUUCUGUGACCUAACUGACAAUAGUCUCUACAGUGCUGAUGUGCCAGAUAGUUCUCCUAGUGGUAGUGAUGAAUUAGAUGCUGUCGUUCUUCAAAAUUGUUCUGAAUCUGCAUUGUGUUCGGAUGACACAAAGAAACAAGAGGAUAAGAAGACGCAGAAGAAGGUUCGAUUCUCGCCAUGCCCUCCCAAGGUCCACGUGAUGCGUGUGUGGGCCUUCGCAGCGCGCCAGGCGAGGAUCGGUGACUGGGAGACGGUAGCGCGCGACAGAGAUAGAUUCAAGAGACGAAUAGCGGAUGUGGAUGUGGCAAUAUCAUGGGUGUUGAAGCCCCAGCACAGAUCCCGUGUGGUGUUCCAACGGUUUAUGCCAUGGUGGAACGCCCAGAAACGCAAAGAGCUCGCUGAGAAGAAGGCACAAGAAGAAAGGGACAGCGAAGCGAAGAUUACUAAUAAUAAAGAAGAACAAAUAGAUAUCAGUCCAAUUGAAUAUGACCAAGUAACAGAUAAUAGUGAUGGAGAUGUUACCAAUAUUGAUAAGGGUGACGUAGAUAAUGUGGAAGGUGAGAGACUUUUGAAGAAUGAUAGUGAAGACAAUCCAUAUUAUGAAGAUGAUAAAGGAAAGAAAACAGAAGGCAGAAUUACAAUAACGUCUGAAUUUUUAACAAAAGGGCACUGCGGAGAAGAUAAGGAGACAGGAGCUACAGUCGAAGAAAGAGAUCUAUUGAUAGAAAGGGAUUUACAUCAAAAUGCUCAUACAAAUAUAUAUCGCUUAAAUCACGAAAGGAUAAAAGAAUCGAAAGCCGGUGCUAAAGAAAUUGAACCUUUUGCCAAUGAAAUAAAGAACGAAAUUUCGACGAAUAGCGCAGUAAGUAGUGAUUUUGGCGAUUCUCUUUGUGAAAAAUCGUUGGUAAAUCCAGUGGAUCGACAAAGAGAUGUAUCUUACUCUUGACCGUAUUGUUAAGAAUAUGGUCGCGGAGCAGAGUUUCGGCCAUUGAACUCUGUCUACUUACUGCCAAUAACAAUAAGGGAUGUCUGCCCAUUGGUUAGCGAGACGGCCACAUGGGUCAGUGACCGAAAUUGUACAUGUUCCGCGACCGUGCUAUAAUAGCAUGUAUAUUUUACUGUAAUGACAAUGUAUAUUAAAUAUAUCAAUCAAUGUAAGGAUGCUAAGUGCCUGUAAUUGCGAGGAAUCGCAAAUGCACAAAAAAAAAAUGAAAAAAAAUGUAUAUUCUAUAAAUAAAUUGUAAAAUUCAUAAAGUUAGGUCGAUUGGGAAUUAGUGAUUCGAUGCGUCUGAUAAUUAUGAAAUUCUUUACUAUCACUAGUAAUGUUGUUUAAAUUUAAAUCUUCAAUUCAUUAAUGUUCUAUAAUUUAAAAAAAAUGUGUUCUAUACGUUCUAUAUAUAAACAUAUCAUUCAGUCUGAUGGUGGAACGGCAAACGUGUGCUUAAAGACGAUGUAAGCACACUUUUCUCCUUACACAUGUGUCAACUGUCAGUAUCCGAGUCAAAUCUGAACUGAAUAAAUGUCAUACAUUGCUGCCUAUUGACCAAGAAUAUUUUAAACAACUGGAGUAAAUGUGGCAAUGUAUAGACAUCGAAGACUAUUAUGGUGUGAUUAGUGGCAUGUUCCAUAUUUCGGCUUUGUGUCGGUACCGGUAACCCGGUACGUUCGCUUCUCCUCUCAAAAAAUGGAAUUAACUAUAUUAACACUGUUAUUUCAUUAAACUAUUAGUUAUUUUUUGCCACGCAUUGCUUAUACUUAAACAUAUAAAUAAAAUAAAAUCGGACAGAAUAGAGCCAAAAAAAAUGUAUUUUCUCUAAAUGUUCACAGUCUAAAUCCCUUUUAUCUUGUUUAUAAAGUUUGGCGCAUUGAAUUAAUUCAUUUCUCAUUGCAUAAAUUAUGUUAGUUUGUAUAAAAUGUAUCUAUAGCCAUGUACAUUUCGAAGCCUUAUAUAGUUAAAAAAAUGUAUAAACUUAUUUACAUAAAUGUGGUACAUAAAAAAUUAAAUUCGGCUAGUUGCAAUCACUUGGGAUAAAAUGUUAAAUUAAACAUUUAAUACGAAUUUAUUGGUUGCUUAGAAAAUUAGUAGAGUUAAGCGUUAUUUUACGGAUAUUUGAUGCACUCUCAAAUGUUGUAAAUGAUGAUCUAUUGUGCAAAUUCAGUUAAGUUUCACAGUAUCGCACCGCCAAGUGUUUCACAUUUAUUCGAGCAAUCUUGAGGAGUUUACACGUUAAACGCUGAAACGAGAGAACGUGUAUUUUUUGUAAAACUAAACGUAAUUGGCACAAAAUAUCAACGUUAACAACAUUUUAAAUAAAUUCGUUGAUCGCCCCAAAAAUCGGGGAAAAACAUUAUAAGGGUCAACAUACAAAGAUAAGCUUUACAAAGUAAUUCGUAAUUUUAUCAUUUGGUGUCAUUGGCGUACAAAAAAGAACUAGGCUGACAAUCGCCUAUUAAAAAGUCGUAAAAAUGUCUGAGUGGCAUUGUGUAUACGUAUUAACUUUUUACAUUAACAGAUAUACAGAUUACAUUAAGACAUGCAUUCAAAUUAACACCUUAAUUCGUUGCAGUAAUGUUCGAAGUCAUAUAGUAUACGCUCCUUAGAAGCUCGGACGCAACACGAGAAAAUAACAUUUUGUGAUGAAAAUCAAAAUGAUAAUAAACGUCAAGUUGGGUACACAAUUUUGUUCAUUUAUAGGGACACUUACCUGAAAUACGACAGUCCAUCCUUUUUAAGAUGCGUGACACUUUGUCAUUGCGUGGCGUUGUAUUCAAAGCGCGGUCAAAACACAAUUGAACGAAAACUGCCUAAUGGACGCGUAGACAGAGUUUUCAUUCCGACAAUUUUUGAGCGCGGGUUUGAUUCUAGUUGUUUAUUGUACAUCAAUGUCUGGUGCUUAGUUGUUAGAUUUAAAUGUAUUAUGGUGCGUUCACACUUAAUACGCCACUUUAAGAAGGCAAGCAAAUCCAUUCGAAAAUUGAACACGAGAGCUUUACAGCGGGUUCACACUAUUCAAUUUUAUGUGUUUUUUAGGAGUAUGGCGUCAUUUUGACUUCUCUAAGAUCGGCCAAUCAAUCGUGGGGAUUACAAUAAAGAUACGCGCUAUGUUAUUUAUCCUUCUGUAAGGCUCUAUUGAUACCUCUGGUGUUCCACAACAACUCUUUUUAUUAGCGCAGAUUAUCUUUAACUAGACUAAAGAAUAUAGAUAUAUGUUCGCAUAUAGUAUUGUUUAUAUCGUAUAAAACAGAGUGAUUUAUUAUAAAUAAUUUUGUUACGUUUUGUUGAUGCAAUAAAGUUUACUACAAGCCCUUAUUAUUAGUUUUUAUGGUAUGUUUUUGUUGGAAAUUCCGAUUGAUUUUGUCAGUCAUGAAUAUAAUUUUCUAAGUCAGUAAAUUUUAGCUUUAUCGAUCUUAGUUUAAUUUUUUUUUGUUCAUUUAAUAUAGCUUUUAACAAUAUAUUUGUUAAAUUGCCUUAAAUUAUAAGUCAGGCUGAACGCCACAUAAUAGAGAUAUAUCAUAUCUAACCUUCUGCAAACAAUUCACAAUUACAAAGUAUUCUAACAAUUGCAUUUUUCGUCUCGAAAGUUUUUGAGUAUUUAUAAACACUUCGUUUUUGUUUUUGUUAUUGCAUUUAUUUAUUUAUUUAUUUAUUUCAUUGCAAUAUUUUACAUAUAUAAUAUAAAUUAAUGAAAUCACUUGGUUACCAUGAAAUUAGCUUCAUGUGAGGGCACCAUAAUCUUUGUUUUUUUAAACCUAAUAUAUAAUAAUAUAUAUAUAACAUAGACAAUUUUUGUAAAAAGUAAACUUUGUGAAAAAUAUUUGUCUUAAAACAUUAACUCGUCGGCUUACAAUUAACUUUAUUCGAGGCAGAUAGAGCAAAGAAUAUACAACGAUUUUAAAAAUUCUUGUUUAAUAAUAAUUGAGAUUAAAUCUCUUAUCAUAAUUCUGUGUAAAUAACGACGAUUACAAAAUUGCAAAAAAAAUCUGAUCUACCCUCAUUUUCAAAAAAUAGUAAUUUUUUAAAUUUGCGGGUAGUUGCGGAAAUGUCCUUUAAUGUUUCAAUAACUGUCAAGCUUAGAUCAUUUAUACGUCUAAAUAGAAUAUGACAGCUGUGAAAACGUUGAAAAGAAUUUAGUUUAGAACUAUUUUGAGCAUUUUAUGCACACUAACACAAAGUAUCAUAAAAAAUUGCGAGUGUAAGACGUAGCUUGCCACGCACACUAAAGUAAUAUUCCUCUCAAGAAUCUAUCAAGACUUAUAAAAUAUCUAAGCUCUCAAGUUAUAUUCUAUUCAAAUUUGUUGUUUAGUUAAAUUUCAAGCAACUUUGUUUUGGUACUCUACGUGACAAUUAGUGGGUUAUUUUUGUAGGUUACGAUUUACGUUACAUCAAGAAUUUAAAUAUGCUUGUAUAUAUGUAUAGAUAUUUUGUAUGAAGAUUAAUAUAUUAUUUAUCCUUGUAAAUUGAAGUGAUAAGCAGCAUUGCUAUGCCCCAUUAGUUUUUUUUAUACCUUAUGUUGUGUUCUAUUGAGGGUAGAUAAUAAUUUCCAUGUAACACGGUUUUUGUCAACGUUUAUUUUUAAUACUAUUUUGUGUUAGUCUGUAAUAACUUAUGCAUUUACCUCUAAUAUCAUUCAGUUUGCUGUAUCUGCAUAUUUAUAAUAAUAAACAGUCAUACCGCAUUAUAUCGUGACGCUCAAGUAUAAUCUCAAAGUACCCAAAAUCCAUUAAAACCGAAAUAGGGUACCUUUCGAUUUGAAAAUCAUGAAAGUGAAAGUUGACAAGGGUUAGUUUCAUAAAGAAAAUUCAAAAUUGCGUGUACCUAUCUUGUUCUCUUUAGGACAAUGAUUAUAGUUGCCUCUUUUGUUUGCAUGAAAUUUUCAAUCUACCCUCGUUUAGUUUUAACAUGGCUGAAUAGUUACUAAAUAUGUCUUAGCAAUGUUUUACGUUAGUGUAAAAUUACCGUUUGUAAUUACCAUGGGUUUGGUUGAAUAAACAUACUGAAUUGA